UCUAGUAAAUAUAUACAUAGAAGAAUUUGGUGGAGUUGUGAUGGUGAUGGUUAAAUAGUAGUGGUGGUUCUCGUGGUGUACCUUGUGAAGAUCACAGUACUCGAUUCAGUACCAAAUGCCGACUCGGUGUCGACUCGCGUAUUUAUAAAAUUUAUCAUCUAAAAAAUUUAAAUUACAAUAUUAUUGUCAUUUAUUUAUUAAAAUUAAUUUGUGAUUAUUUUUAAAAUUUAUAAAUUAUUCAUAUUUUAAAGUUGCAGCAAAAUUAUAUAUGACAAAAGAUAAAUUUACAAUUAUCUCAUUAAAAGUUACUAGUGUCUGUUGAGGUUUUAAAUAACAAUAAUAAUAAUACAAAAAUAAAAUAAAGCAAUAUGUUAAAAAGCACAAUUUAAUAAUUUUAAAAACUAGAAAAAAAAUAAGAUAUAUGUUGAUGAGAUUAAUAAUCAAUAUGUAAAUGAAAAGUGAUGAAAAUUUAAAAUUUAAAAUUUCAAGUGACAGUGUUUUAGUUGUCUAAAGUUUUAGUUAAUUAUUAAUAAUAAAUUUAAAAUACUUGUGAAUUAUUAAUUAAUUUAUGACGGAGUUUAACGUGAGACAAGUGUUUUAAUAAUCAGUAUAUUAGUUUAUUAAUAAUGAACAAUAUAGUGAAUAAAAAGUUGUAAACAAGUGUUUGUGUUUGACAAGAAAAUUUUUCUUAAAUAUUAAAAUUAGUGAAAAGCUCAAAAAGUUCGUUGUAAUGCCGUGAUGGGGCGCGGUUCAGGUUUAUAUUUUUUAAGCACAAUUAUUUUCACAGCAAUAUUAUUAAAUGUGUUACUUUUUCAACCAUCAUCUGCAACACGUAUUCGACAACGAACAACAACCGAUGGACCACGAGGAGGUGGUUCAAUCAAUGAGGCUGGUGUUUUUGUGUUACGUGGAAAACAAGAAGGUGGUAAACGUUCAAGAAAAACUACAACAACAACAACAACAACAAGUCAAAGUACAAGUACAAAUUUAGCAAGUGUAACAACAACAUCAAUAUCAUCAUCAUACAAUGUGGGACAACCAGCAGCACUUCUUGCACCCGAUGACCAAACAUGGUUUGUUGCAUCAACACCAAAGACAGACAACUUUAUGCAAUCAUCAAGGAGUACUUUACGUUUACCACCCUUAGAAAUUGUCGUUAAACCACAAGCCAAAGUUGUACUACCAUGUGAACUUGGAGGAAACUAUUCUAAACUCUUGCCAAUAACCAGAAAUUAUCGUGUUCGACCAGCCAAGUGGUUGCAUAAUGAUUCUUCAGUUGACAUGAUAACAAUAGAUACGAGAACUGAAAUGAGUGGUACAGGACAUAGGUACAUUGGUGAUUCAACAACUGCUGCACUUCAUAUUGACAAUGCAAGACUUGAAGAUGAUGGUUUAUGGAAAUGUAUUAUUGAUGGUGAUCGCGGAGAGGUACUAACUGGAAGACCUGUCAAGCUUGUAAUCCUCGAGGCACCACGAGGGACUUAUCUCAUGAUAGAUGGCCGACGUUUGGAUGCUGGAAAUCAGUUUGUACCAGUCAAAGAAGGUUCUGAUUUAGCUCUUGAAUGUGCUGCUGAGGGUGGUAAUCCACCAUCAACAUUAACAUGGGGAAUGAUACUUUCACAAACAACACUUGAUGGACCAGAAACACCACCUGAUAAUUUAACAAUUGUACCAUCAAGUAGUGGUGGACACAGUGGUGCUCAUCUUAAAGUACUACGAGGUCAUCAUAAUGCAACUAUUAUUUGUACAGCACGUCAUGUUACUCUACCAAUGCCAAUGAAUGCCAGUAUUCUUCUUGAUGUUCAAUAUACUCCAUCAUUUGCAAUAACGCGAAUACCUGGUUUUGGUAUUCCAGUUACUGAAGGGAUAUCUCUCAGUUUAAAAUGUGAAGUGGAUAGUAAUCCAACGAGCUUACCCAUAUGGCAACGUGACAAUGGGUCACCACCAGUGGAACAAAGCGAAGAUGGUUGGUUGAACUUCACAAAGAUAAGUAAAAACGACAGUGGUUGGUACAAAUGUUUUACGAGACAUCCACUUGGUAUAUUUGACAGCAUUGGAUAUUUUCUUUAUGUUAGACCAAAUCCAGAAUAUGAAAGAGAAGCUGAAGCAUUAAAUGGUGAAGCAACAGAUUCGAGAAAAAUGGAAGUACAAAUUGGUGGUGCUGUAACACUUGAAUGUGACGGUGGUUGUUGGGGUCGUGGACCAGGUAUGGAUCCAGCUGGUGGUCCAGGUACACUAUCACUUGAUAGAGUUGUUUAUCAAGAUGCUGGUGAAUAUCGUUGUGUUGCACCAGAUAGAAAACUUCAAGAUGCAUGGCGUGCACAAUUGCCAUAUGAAAUUAAAGUUACUGGAAGACCCAUGCUUCAUCCAGUAACACAAUCAGUAACAGCAAGAGACGGUGAACCAUUGAAAAUGGCUGUUGAAUUUUGUGCUGAACCAGCCUAUACAAAACUUUUAUGGUUGUCAUCAGAGAGUGUCUAUUUGCCUGGAAGCGAAGCGAGAAAUGGUGUGAGAGCAUUAAAAGUUGAGAGUGGUGGAGCUGAGACGUGUUUUCGAGCAACACUUCGUAUUGAUGCUGUUAAAUCAUCACACUCUGGGGAAUGGUUGUUGAUUGUGCGUUCACCAGCUGGUAUUGCUGAUGCAUCAAUAAUGGUUAAUAUAACACGUGCAUCUAGUUUCAAUCGUGCAAAUACAAUAACCACAAACACUAUUUUAUAUCUACUAAUUUUCUCUUCAAUUUUCAUCAAAUUUUUUAUCAAAUCAAUGUCGUUAAUUUAAUUUUUUUUUUUCAUUCAUAAUAAAGCGUUUUGUAUAUGUAAAUUUCAAAUCAAAUUAAACAUUGUUUUUGGCCAAUAUUCACAGAAAAAAUAAACCGAAAAUUUAUCUAAAAAACAAAAAAAUUCUAGUCAAAGAAAAUCUAAUUUUUUCUGCAUAAAAAAAAUUCAUAUAUAACAUUUAAAAAUAGAUAAAUAAAUAAAUCUUUAAAUUAAAAAAAAAAAAAAUAAAUAAAUCCAUUUUACCGGCCUUAAAUAAUAAAUAAAAAAAAACAUAAUAAAAUAUAAAUAAACAUUUAAAAACCUAAAAAACUAUCGAUGAAAAUAAAAUUAAAAAAAAAUUAAUAUUGCUUGAAUUUAUAUUACAAUAACAAUGCCAUUUGUUGUAAAUAAUUGUAUAGAUAAAUUAAUAAUUGAUAUAAUAAAUAAUUCAAAUGUGAAAAAAAUAAUUUAAAAAAUUAACACAGUAUAUAAAUUGUGAAUUAUUAAACAAUAUACAUGGUUAAAAUUAAAUGUUAAAUAUUUUACAGUGAAUUGACCAAACAUUUAAAUGCCAAAAAAAAAUAAUUAUAUAAAAAUAAAAAA